AUGUUUAGGUCAUGCAUUUCCAGUAUUAUUUUAUAUGUAUUUCUAACAGACCUAAUUUUGGUAUCAAGCAUAACACAGAAUGUUUUAGAAUUUGAAAACAGUGAAAAAAUUUUGGAAGCAAUAAAUGAUUCAAUUAAUUAUAGAAUCCAAAAUUUGAAAGGAAAAGACGAAAAACCAUGGUUUUCAAGUCGUGACACUGCUCUGUCUUACUGUGUCAGACCUGGAAAAUGUGAAAAACUGGAAUAUAACAUGUGUUUUAAUGCCAAAAUACCAUAUUCUUAUACAAGUUUAGAUUUAACUUAUUCUGUUAGUCAACAACAAUCGUGGGACCAAUUGCAGCAAUAUCAAACAUUGAUUCAUAUACCAAAAUGUUGGGCUGUUAUCCAGCCUUUCCUAUGUGCAACUUAUUUUCCCAAAUGUGAAAACAUUAGCAAUACAGAAAUUGUUUAUAUUCCUUCUCUGGAAAUGUGCAAAAUAAUAAUGGAGCCUUGUAGGCUCGUGUACAACACAACCUUUUUUCCUGACUUUUUAAAGUGCAACCCAUCAUUAUAUUCUUCCUCCUGUAAGAAUGAUGUAAGGGAUAUGAAAUUCAACAUCACAGGCCAAUGUUUACCACCACUAGUUAAAACUGAUUCAAUUAAACAUUUUUAUGAUGGUAUUGAUGGAUGUGGGCUUCAAUGUAAUGAUGCUUUAUACACAGUGAAUGAGCAUCAACAGAUUCAUAAAUUAAUAGCUUGGGGUGCCACAAUUUGCUUGCUUUGCAAUAUGUUUACCAUUUUAACAUUUUUAAUUGAUUGGCAAAAUGCUAAUAAAUAUCCAGCACUCGUAAUCUUUUAUAUAAAUUGUUGGUUCUUGAUUUCAUGUUUAGGGUUUAUUGCACAAUUUAUACCUGGAGCUCGUGAAGAUAUUGUUUGCCGUAAAGAUGGCACUUUAAGACAAUCAGAACCUAGUGCAGGGGAGAAUCUGUCUUGCGUCGUUGUAUUUGUAGUGGUAUAUUAUAGUCUGAUUGCUGCAAUGGUCUGGUUUGUCAUAUUUACUUAUGUAUGGCAUAUAAGUUUUCAGGCGAUAGGUAAAAUUCAAGAGCGAAUUGAUAAAAAAGGAGCAUAUUUCCACUUAAUAGCUUGUUCAUUACCACUUGUUCUGACAAUAACUACAAUGGCUUUAAGUGAAAUUGAUGGUAAUAGCAUUGUAGGAAUUUGUUUUCUUGGUUACAAAAAUCACUCUAUUCGCGCUGGAUUGCUGCUAGGACCUAUAUGUGGAGUAAUAAUUGUUGGAGGAUAUUUUCUUAGUCGAGGGUUUUUAACAUUGAUAACCUUGAAGAUCACAAGUAAAGAUAUUAUAUCUGCCCGAGCAAGCAAAAAAAUUCGAGAGACUAUUGCCAGAAUGGGACUAUGUUGUUUGCUAAUGGUGGUCUUGAUUAUUGGAACAUUCUCUUGCCAUAUCAAUGAAUUUCAAAGUACACAAGCUUGGGCAAGUGAUCUGAAGAAUUAUAUUAUUUGUCUCAUCAUGUAUAAAUAUGACACUUCAAAUUCUGCUGAAUCAUGCCGCUUAACCAGUAGACCCAGUGUAGCAUUAUUACAACUACAUUUAUUAUGCUGGUUUGCAACAGGAAUUAUAAUGUCAUCUUGGGUUUGGACUAAAUCAUCAGCUGAGGCUUGGAAAAGAUAUAUUAGAAAAAAAUUUGAUUGUGAAAUCGAAGAACCAUUGAAACUUCAGAAGCAUAAAGUUAUAGCCCAAGCAUUUGCAAAGAGAAAGGAAUUUCAUGAUGCUGGCAGGCUUUCAAUAACCUUUCAUAAUACACAUACUGAUCCCUUGGGUUUAAAUUUUGAAUUAAAUUCUGUUGCAAGCCAUGACUUUAGCUCUACAUGGGCUAAUAAUUUACCAAGAUUUGUGAAUCGACGAUGCGCCUUAACAUGUGGUCCAAAUACUGGAUCUGCAUCAUCUAGUCAUUGUGGAAAUCACAGAAGAAAUUCCUUAGAUUCUGAAAUAAGCUUUAGCGUGCGUCAUGUUUCUGUUGAAUCUCGAAGAAAUUCACUUGAUAGUCAGAUAUCAUUCAAAAUUGCGGAAAUGAAGACGAAAGUUGCAAGUCGAAGAUGCUCCAAAGGAAAACGCAUAAGAAAACGAGAUUUUUUCAGUAAGAGGAGUAACAGAAACAGUUCAGUUGUCAUGCGUCGAGAAAGUUCAACUAGUUUAGAAACUCAAAUUGGUGCACAAAUUAUUAAAGUUUUAAAUGCUGAUCAUAAUUCAAGACCAAGCCUCAAGAGACGAACUGGAAAUGCUGGAUUAGAUUCAGAUAAUAUAAAUAGUUUAUUGUGUGAUGGCAAAUUAGUUUUGCCUUUUCUGCACAAUCAGGGAUUAACAACAAGUGAUGAUGAAUGCCAUUCAGUUACUUCAUUAACUAUUAAAGAUAGUCGUUUGGAUGUUGUUUUAAGGCGGAAAUCUCACAUUUCGAGUGAUGAUAACUUAAAUCAAGUCAGCAUCAAUAUUGAAGAAUACCACAGUAGUGAUGAUAAAUGUUCUAAAAAUUAUGAAAAAGUGAUCCUGCCAAUGAAAAAUAACAGAAAGAGUUUGAAUGAUAAGGUUUCACGUUCUAAUAAACCAAUAGAGAGUGAAAGUGGUGCUGAUCAUGAUCUAUGUGAAUCUAGAGCACCUAAGUCUAUAAAAAAAUCAAGUUCUAUUUCAUCAUCAGAUUCGUACUGUUCAGAACUUUCGCCAUUAGCUGUUCAGAGUUCUUUUUCUGGUAUAUCUGUGGGUAAAACAAACUCUAGAAACAGUAAGUUAAGUUGUGAUGUAGGUAUUCAAGCAAAUGCUCAUGAAAUUGCCACACAAACUAUGUCUUCUAUGAAAGAAAAUGGAUCACAUACAGAAAUAAUAUAUAAUGCAAAAAAGAAGCAUGAUACCAUUUCAAAUAUUGGACAAAGUGAAACUGACAAAUUAAAACUUUUGUUAUUGCCUGCUAAAUAA